AUGGAGGCUCCCAAGAAUAUCAAAGCAGACACUCUCUCACGGAUCCACGACCCUCCUGAGGCCGAAUUGAUUCCUGAACCCAUCAUCCCAUCUGGUAAGUUCCUGGCAGCUAUAAGAUGGGACAUUGAGGUAAUAGUUCGACGAGCCUUGGUUGGACAGACGUGUGCCUUAGGUUAUCAGCCUCCUCUUCUCCCGGACUCCCAUCCCGACACGGAGGUCCCAUCUGUUCAGGACUAUAUCGCAAACCUGCAGACCUUCUGGAGAAAGGCCAAAGCCACCCUCUUUUGCACCGCAGCUCAGCAGAAGAAGUUGAUUGGGAAGGCUACGGUCCAGAGGAGCGUUCAUUGGUUCCGGAGAAGGAUAUUCUGGAUCCCAACCUUAUCUGAGACUUCCACCUCAACUUCCCUGAUUGUCCCGCUAGGGCGUCAGGAGCCGCCCGUAGAGGGGGGGGUGCUCUCCCCCGCGGAUCCGGUGCUGGAGAGUAUGGAGACCCUGGAGGACAGCACACUGAAAAGGAGGUCCCUGAGGUGCAGUAACAGUAUUUGUAAAUCCCCUGGCUCUGCAUCUCCCAAGGAGUACCCCGGUCUGUUCCGGGAAAUCAGCCGCUCCGAAUCCCUGCGUUCCUCCACCAGCUGCUCCCACCGAAUAUUCCGGCCCUGCGACCUCAUCCACGGCGAAGUGCUGGGAAAGGGCUUCUUCGGACAGGCCAUCAAGGUUACACAUAAGGCAACCGGAGAGGUGAUGGUAAUGAAGGAGUUAAUUCGUUGUGAUGAGGAAACCCAGAAAACCUUCCUGAAGGAGGUGAAAGUAAUGCGGAGUUUGGAACACCCUAACGUCUUAAAGUUUAUUGGAGUGCUAUAUAAGGACAAAAGAUUGAAUUUAAUAACGGAGUUUAUAGAGGGGGGGACGCUCAAGGAUUUCAUCAGAGACAUGGAUCCGUUCCCAUGGGAGCAGAGAGUUAGUUUCGCCAAAGGCAUCGCUUCUGGGAUGGCUUAUCUGCACUCAAUGAGCAUUAUCCACAGAGACCUGAACUCACACAACUGCCUGGUCAAGCUGGACAACACCGUCGUGGUGGCGGACUUCGGCCUUUCCCGUCUGAUCGUGGAGGAGAAGAGCCGGGCUCCUCCAGAGAAGCUGUCGGCGAAGAAGCGGACGUUCAGGCGGAUCGAUUCGAAGAAGCGCUACACUGUGGUGGGGAACCUGUACUGGAUGGCGCCGGAGAUGCUGAAUGGUAAACGAUAUGACAAGAGGGUGGAUAUUUUCUCUUUUGGGAUUGUGCUCUGCGAGAUUAUUGGGCAGGUGUAUGCUGACCCAGAAUGCCUUCCCAGAACUUUGGAUUUUGGACUCAAUGUGAGGAAGUUCCUGGAGAAGUUUCUUCCCGAGGAUUGCCCCGUGGCCUUCUUCCCGCUGGCUGUAGCUUUCUGUGAUCUCGUGCCUGAAAACAGGCCCACCUUCGAGAAGCUGGUGGACUGCUUCGAGGUGCUGGCCCUGAACCUAGAGCUGGGCAUCCCCCUGCCGGCCGAGCUGGAGGUGCUGCACCACCACCUGGGCGUGGGACCUGCCGGGUAGCGGA